UAGAGAAAUGCUCAAGUUGAUCGUGAAAUCGCAACGUAAAGAUGAUUCGAACGCCCCUGUUAUUUUAGACUAAGCACAUAGUCAUCCAGUUUUGGGGGGACAUGUAUUUCACGCUCGGAAAAGUGGUCAAUAUUCGUCGAUAACGUGUAUCAUCCGUUCGUGCAGCGAAUAUUUCUUCGCAGUAAAAAAUGGCCAGACAGAUGGAUCCGUCUGUCUCGUCCAAAACCAUGGACGACCAUAGCGUCGAGACAUUAGCAGAAGUUUUCCGAUGUUUUAUUUGUAUGGAAAAACUGAGAGAUGCGCACCUCUGUCCCCAUUGCAGUAAAUUGUGUUGCUAUACCUGUAUCAGGAAAUGGCUUACUGAGCAACGUUCUCAAUGUCCUCACUGCCGAGCUUCUCUCCAUUUACAUGAACUAGUGAAUUGUCGCUGGGUUGAAGAAGUAACCCAACAACUUGAUACACUGCAAGCUGUUUGUAUAUCCAACUUUCGACAUGAUGAUUCUAAUCGAGACAGAUGUACAAUGCAUCAAGAGAAAUUAUCUGUUUAUUGCUGGACUUGCCGUAAAUGUAUCUGUCAUCAAUGUGCUCUGUGGGGUGGCACUCAUUCAGGACAUACCUUCAAACCUUUAGAAGAUGUUUAUGAGCAACAUGUUACUCAGAUCAAAGCCGAAGUAGGCCAAUUAAAUAGACGACUCAUGGAACUGAUUAGCCUUGUUCAAGAAGUGGAGAGAAACGUCGAAUCGGUAAGAGCAGCAAAGGACGAAAGGGUUAGAGAGAUCAGAAACGCGAUCGAAUUAAUGAUAGCUCGUCUGGACUCUCAGUUGAAGGCCAAGCUACUGACUUUAAUGGGCCAGAAGAAUUCAUUAACUUUGGAAACCGAGCAGCUGGAGGCAUUACUGCAAGAGGUGGAAUAUCAAUUGCACACGUGCACACGCUCCGAACUAAUCGCCAAAAGUGCCGAGCUUUCACGCAAGAUACAUCAGAUUCGCAAGAAGCCAAUGACGAGUUUUGUCACUGCCCCUGUACCUGCCGACUUUCAUAGCGAAAUUGUGCCAGGUUAUGACAGCGCGACGUUUGCCAUGCAAAACUUCACUCAGCUUCAACAUAAGGCUGACCCGGUGUAUUCCGCGCCGUUGCACGUGAACGGACUAUGCUGGCGACUUAAAGUAUAUCCGGAUGGUAACGGAGUUGUGCGCGGAAAUUAUUUGUCAGUAUUCUUGGAGCUUAGCGCUGGACUGCCAGAGACAUCAAAAUACGAGUACAGAGUUGAAAUGAUACAUCAAGGAUCUCGUGAUACGAGUAAGAAUAUUGUUCGUGAAUUUGCAUCUGAUUUCGAGAUUGGUGAAUGUUGGGGAUAUAACAGAUUCUUCAGAUUAGAUUUACUCGCAACGGAAGGUUAUUUAAAUACGGAAUUGGAUACUCUUAUAUUAAGAUUCCAGGUGCGACCACCGACAUUUUAUCAACGCUGUAGAGACCAGCAGUGGUAUAUUAGCCAACUACUGAUAUUUCAAAAUCAAUACACUACUCAGAUCAACGAAUUAAAGGAGAGAUUAGCGAUAGAAAUAUCUCGCAAUGCCAUAACAGCUACUAGAGCUACUAAUGGAACUACAAUUUGCGGUUCAACUGCAAAUACGUCAUCUUUAUCUGUGCAGCAACAACAAGAUGCAGAGGACUCAAAGAUCAAUUCGAACGUUAUACGAACAAUUGACACAUAUUCUACAGCAAAUGGAACAUCACUAAGAUCCAUACCAAGCACACUUUCCAAUAAUAAAAACAGCAAUACAAUAAUACCGAGCGAUCAAUUAUUGCCAAUAUGCGAAUUAAACGAGCUCUCGAGUAUGCAUUUCCUCGAUUCUACUACAUCGACGUUGUCAAAAACAUCGUUAAAAACGCACCGUGCCAGCAAUAAUCUAAAUAUCAUCGAAGCCGAGAGCAAUCUAUCACCACGUCGCGCCAAUGACGUGUUGCUUGGGGAAUGCCAAGCCGCGAAGAUACGUUUGACCUUUUCGUCAUCAUCCUAUUCGUCGCCCGGUGAUGUACUCGCCAAUCAGCAGCCAUUGAAUUUAUCAUUCAACAACAGCACUAGCGAUCCCUUAUUAUCCGUGUCGACGUUAUCGUCAAUGACGGACAAUCAACGGAUUAACGGCUGCUCGACCGUUACGAAAGGCGAAGCCGCGCAACGUUGCACGAACGAUGCAUCACCGGGUGAAUGCCGAGAGAUCGCCGCAGCACGUGUCCCUUCCCCGUCGUUUUAUCUGUCGUCGACAUUAAAUCUCUCGUCCAGUAAUAGUAGCAGUAGCAGCGACAGUGGCGAAUUGAGCGAACACGACAUUUUUAUGAACGAGUGUGAACACAAUGAGCCUAAUGUCACGCUCUUGGACCUAACAAAUGACGAAAACGACGUGGACGACGAAACGAUGUCAGGAGAAAACGAUAUUGAAGUCGCGGAAUCUCUCGCAUCAUGGAUUCAGAACAAGCAGCAUAUGAAACAACAAAACAACAGGGACACUAUUACAGAUACACGCAGAUUGAGGGAAAUAAUGCUGCUGCACUUGUUCGAGAUACAAGACAGAAGUUCCGCAUGGACAUCUCUAUGUCUCGGCCAACAAGAUGAAAGUUGUGACUCUAGGAAUUCGCUCGCAAGUUUGCAACAUCACAGUUCCAGUUCGUUGCAUUAUAACGCUAUAAUGCAACCUUCUGCGACCGCAGGAUAUUCGCACAAGCAUCACGAGCUCGAUACAGCCUGUAACGAUCUAAGUCUGAGUAGCGAUAAAAAGCAUCCCAAUAUCACUUUACAUCACUCUGAGCCACAGGCAACUUACGAUGCUAAAGCCAAAUAUAAUAAACUGCCGACCUUUUAUCGAUCGGAACUAUUGACCGCGACAAUGCCUUCUGGUAGUCAAAUAUCUAGAUCCGAACCGGCGACGCGUUCCAAUUCGAUAGACUGUGAGAGGGAUAUUUCGAAACUGCCAGUAGUUAAUAAAAUCAAUCACGAUGUAGAGUCGUCUAGUCUAUGUGUGGAUCUAAUUGUGCCGAAUGUACUUCUAGACAGUAACAAAAUCAUGUCGAAGCACUUACUGUCACGACGCCAAUCUUCUCCAAGUUCAUCCACUAGCAUGAAUUUGAAAAAUGAUAACAACAAGAUGUCUGAAAUUGACCAAUUACUCGAAGCCAUUCAUCUGUCGUCGGGAUCGCAGAAAGAUACAUGCACGAAACUGAGAAAAAACGCUUCUUCCGACGAAAAGAGUAAUGUUUGCAUUGCCAGUGGAAGCUCUGCUGCACUCUCGUUGACGCAAGAGAAUACAUUGUUGUCACCUACAAACACUGCAAUAACAGCGAACGCUAUUCUUACUCCCAGCACUUUUAGCUGGUCACCGGCACUGUAUCAGCACGCUCAUGAUAUCACUAUACAAGAUUCUAUGAAUGAAACUUCUAGCAAGAUUAUUGAUAAAUCUAUAGAAGAAACUGCCAGUUCGCUGUAAUAAUUAUAACUUAAUUAGCACAUAUUCUGUGAUUUCUCUAUCGGGUAUUAAUUGCAAGAUUGAUAAACAAAGAACAAUUAUUUAACUUUAAAUUAUUAUGUCAAAUAAGAUAAUUUUGAGAUUAAGAUAUAUAUUUAUGUUGCACUUCUAAUUUUUCUUAUCUCUUUAUAAGAGGAUCAGAGAGAGUUCUCAGAACUAUUAUGUAAUUUCUUUCUCUUAUUCAGUACAAAGUAUUAUAAUAAUAUAAUUGUUCUAUUUUUAUAAUUACCCCUAAUUACUUAUAUCAUAAUUACAUAUGUGAAUUUAUUAUUUUCAAUAUCUUAUUCCAAAAAGCAUAAAAUAAUUUGUUUAUUAUUUAACGUUAUUUAUAUACAUAUAUUUUCUACAUGUGAAUUUUACGUCCAGAGAAUAAUAAUAAUUAAUAG